GCCAACUGGAAACUACUCAGUCUAAGCUCUGUUUACUUUCUUCGUUGGCACUUUGUUUUUUCAGUGUGACAAGAGUUCCGCAGUGUCCUUGUAAAUGAGCAGCUGGUAGUUGUCUGGUCUCUGCAGCGCUCAGGAGUUCAACCGCCCCUGAAGACCAACAUGAAGCUGCUGGACGAGCGAAUCUGGUCGCUAUUCAAGCGCCACUGGCAGCAAACUCUCACCUACUGGAGUGUGUUCUUCAGCUUCGGCCUGUGCAUCGCCUUCCUGGGACCCACCAUACUGGACCUGAGGUGUCAGACCCAGUCCACUCUGCAGCAGAUCACCUGGGUCUUCUUCUCCCAGCAGUUGUUCCUGCUGGUGGGCAGCAGCAUGGGAGGACUCUGUAAGAAAACACUCCUGUUCUCCCUGUCAGCUCUCUUGUCCUGCACUCUCGUCAUCUCGUUCGUGUUUGCCAUCAUACCGCUAUGUCACCAUGUGGUACUGUUGUCCAUCACGAUGGCACUUGCUGGCAAAGCCAUGGGGGUGAUUGACACCAUUGCCAACCUGCAGCUCGUGAAACUGUACCAGAAGGACUCUGCCAUCUUCUUGCAGGCCUUACAUUUCUUCAUAGGCCUGGGAGCACUAGUCAGUCCCUUGGUGGCUGAUCCUUUCCUGGCAGAGGACAGCUGUGUUCUGGGUGCCAACUGGACUGCCAAUGCAUCCUCUUCCUCGGACCUACAGCACCUCCGCAGCAGUCUUGCCGGGCACGGAACAGCACUGCAUAACAUCUCCCAGUAUCCUCUACACACUGAGGGUGUCGUCAUCACAAGGGUUUCCUAUGCUUUCUGGAUCAUGGCUCUUAUCAAUCUUCCUGUGCCAGCAGUAGUGUUUGCACUGAUGUACCACGAGAGAUUGCUACCUUGCUUCAGUAACAGCCCACGUCUGCUGGACAGAGACACUUUGUCCAGCACAAGCCCCACUGGGGACAGUGGCCAAGGACACGGGAAUGUGUUUGUUUGCUGUAACCCUGCCAAGCUCCAGGGUCGCCCUGCUUCUUUCUUCAUCCUCCAUGCUCUAGGUGGAGCCAUCCUCUUCAUCACUGAUGGAAUUAUAGGUUCCUAUGCUGGUUUCGUCUACACCUAUGCUGUAUCCCCUCCUCUGCUCAUGGGUCAUAAAACUGCCGGCUGUCUGGACAGUAUAUUCUGGGCUUCCAUCACAGCAGGAAGACUGGCUUUCAUCUACCUGUCCUACAGAUACACAGCACCCAGGCUGCUCACAUUGAGUCUGGCGGGAGUCAUACUGGUGCAGUGCCUGUUGCUGAUCUUCUACACCAGCUGUGUUUUUCUUUUCAUUGGUACUUGUGUUUUGGGACUGUGCAUCAGCAGUGUGUUUCCUUCCAUGCUAGCUUUUACAGAGGACAUACUAGACUACAAAGGUUGUGCCACAACUGUCCUGGUUACCAGUGCCAGCACAGGAGAGAUGAUGCUGCAGCUGCUUGUUGGAUUGGUGAUCCACAGUCAGGGCAGUUAUGCUUUCCUGUUGUGUUGUACAAUAGCCUCCUUUAUCAGCUUCUGCCUUUUCCUGCUGCUCCUCUAUGUCCAGCGCAUCCACAGUAACUGCCACAGAGAUUCAUCUGAAAACAUGGACAUGAAAGAGAAGCCGAAGACAGGAGGCUCAUGAUCUGGGUCUCAGAUCAUGAGACCCAGAUCAUGAGCCUCAGGCCUUUCCACCAAGGACAAUGGAAAGGGAGCAUGGGUGAACAUUCUCAGAACACUGACAUUCCCUCAUUUUAGCCCAGUGCCAGGAUAUGAACGUCAUCCUGGACUUCUCCAACUGAACAUUUUUGACCUGAAGAGAGGUCUACUUAUAAGCCUGAUGAUCAAUAAGCAGUUUAAGGGAUGUACAAUACUAAAUUAAUUUUAUUAAUUAAUUAAUUUUUGGUACGACAAUUUCUUUCAGCACGUUAUAACUCUGCUGUAGCUUGAUUUAAAAGACACUUUGAUGAUUAAGUA